CUGCUGUUUGUUCUCUGCAGCUGUCUCUCUGAGCUGCAGGUUUUUUCAAAGUAGAGACAAUGACAAGAAGCCAAUCUUUAUGGAAACCACACAGAGGUCAGCGGAGCCAGGUGGAGGAACAGAGAGACCUACUCCAGGAGCUGAGAGCCAUUGUGGCUCAACAGAGCACCAAACUGAAUGAGAUGGGAGCCACCGUGGAGGAACAGAGAGUCCUACUCCAGGAGCUGAGAGCCAUUGUGGCUCAACAGAGCACCAAACUGAAUGAGAUGGGAGCCACCGUGGAGGAACAGAAGAGAGAGAACAGAGAGAGACCGAAGGUGGCCUUCUCAGCCUCGCUGUCUGAAUCCAAAGGACCAAAUAGUGAUGAUGGCAUCCUGGUCUACAAACAUGUCUUCAACAAUAUUGGUGAGGCUUACAGUCCAGUGACAGGUAUCUUCAGAGCACCGGUUAAUGGAGUCUACUACUUCACAUACACUGCCUUUACAACCUCCAGCAAGAAGAGAAGAGUGUCGCUGUAUAAAAAUGGACUUCUAAUGGUGACUGUGACCGAUGAUGUUUCAGACUCAGAGGACGGUGGAUCCAAUGGUGUCACACUGAAGUUGGAUGCAGGAGAUGAAGUCUACACUCGUCUGAUGGCAGGCUAUUACAUCUUUGAUGACAAUAAUCACCACAGCACCUUUACUGGCUUUCUGCUCUUCACUUAGAAAACACUUAAUUCUAUACCUGAAUCGUACUGCUUUUUAAUGAUUUUAUGACAUAUGACCAGUGUGAACUAAGCGUUGAUAACAAGGUGAAAAACAAACAAUCUUGUGUCUUCAUCAUUUAACCCAACACAUCUGGAUCAGAACCAACCAGUCCAGGGGAUAUAUUAAGCUUGAGGUAUUUUCAGUUAUUUCUGUACGGACUGGUCGGGUGAUGCAAUCUUUGUGCUGCUUUGUGUAAGAAUGAAAGUGUAGACCUGAUUCUCUUUUCAAUAACUGACUACUGAAUCAUUUUAUAAAUAAUUUGUUUGAUCAAUGAGACAGAAUGGGAAGUUGGGUAGUGUCCUCCAUGUUUUGUCUAAUGAAUAAAGAAAUGUUCUUCUCCAAUUAA